AUGGGCACUCUUAAGUCCUCUAAGUCAUAUGCCCUGGCUGCCAACCAAGGCACAAAAGAACAGAAAGGACAAAGUAGUAAUAACAAUAGUAAGGAUAAGAAACAAAAUAAUAGCAAGGAGAAGAAGGAUCAGACAUCACUUGCUUUAAAAGCAACUAAUGAGACCCAAUCUUCCAAGGGCGACAAGCCUAAGAAGGAGAGGGUCCAAUGUACCUAUAGUAAAAGACCUGGUCAUGAUGAACAUAAAUGUCUGAAGAAACAAAUUGAUCAGUUGACACACAUUCUUGAGAAGAAUAAUAUCAGUGUUCCUGAGUCAAUUAAACAAAGUUCUAGUGAGGGGUCUAACAAGGCAAAAGAAAAUAGCAAGGGGAAAGGAAAGGGUUAUCCUGAUGGUGUGAAGGGUUAUCGGUUGCUCCACCCUACUACACAUGAGUUGCUCAUUGAGAGGAGUGUUCAGUUUGAGGAGGGCUCCUCGAGCUCACUUUCUACCACUUCUCCAACUCCUUCUACUUUGGCAUUGGAGUCACUUGGGAUACAUGACAGCUCCUCUGAUGAGUCAAAUUCACCUGAGCAGUCUUCUACCUCCACUUCUGAUGCAGAGAGCGAUUCAAAGGACUCGCCUCCUUCCUCUCCUAGUCAUCAUUCAGAGGUUGAUGAUUCUCCAUCUUUCAGUCCACUUUGGGCUAGACAGACCUUGCAAUCUGUAGGUGAUUGGGUUGGGGAUCCAUCAGACACUAGGUAG